CUCAUUUAUAUUUCAUAUAUAUAUAUAUAUAUAUAUACACACACACUCAUUCACAUUAAUCGAUUGAAAAUUCUGUUAUUUACCUUUGUAAAAACCCUAGCAUUCAACAAUGGUUCGAGUACUGUUCAUAUGGGAAGAAGAGAAAUUGUCCUGUAUGCAAGCAGACCUGUUCGGAGGCCAAGCAGACCUGUUCGAAGAAUUGAAUCUGUCUGCCGAUUUGUUGAAGGGUUUAUAUGUGGAGAUGAAGUUUGAGAGGCCGAGUAAGAUCCAAACAAUCAGUUUGCCUAUGAUUCUGACCCCUCCUUACAAGCACUUGAUCCCUCAGGCACACAAUGGCUCUGGCAAGACUACUUGUUUCGUGCUUGGCAUGUUGAGCCGUGUUGAUCCCAAACUCACUACUCCUCAGGCGCUCUGUAUCUGCCCUACCCGAGAAUUGGCGAUCCAGAACAUGGAAGUUCUUAAGAAGAUGGGGAAUUAUACAGGAAUUACUUCUGAAUGUGCUAUACCAAUGGAUAGCAGCAAUUAUGUUCCAAUUUCAAAACAAGCACCAGUGACAGCACAAGUAGUGAUUGGCACUCCUGGUACAAUCAAUAAAUGGGUGACAGCAAAGAAAUUGAGCACGAACUAUUUGAAGAUUCUUGUUUUUGAUGAAGCUGACCACAUGUUGGCAGAGGUACUAUCAUACCUCUUAUUGAGAUUAUGUAUGUUUUAUGUGCUUAUGAUAAAACCCAAAAAUUAGUGG